AUGGCCCAAACAGCGGAUUCCAAAUCUCUCGCCAAAGUUGCGGAUGGAAUAUCCUCACUAUCUUACCUACCCAAAGAAAAAUCUUCAUUAUUGGCGUCGACAUGCUGGGAUGGUUCAGUGAGGCUCCAUGAUACAGCGGCCGAUAACCCAGCUGUAAUGGUCCAUCAAAUGGACUCGGGACCAUUACUAAGUUUGGCCACUCCAGAAUCAACUUGCGCUAUAGCGACGGGGGGUCUCGAUGGGUCAAUUCGACUUCUUGACAUUGCGUCCACAACAUCUCGUCUAGUUGGGCGUCAUGUGGAAUCUGGUGCAGCGUGUUCAUGUCUUCAAUCAAUGGGUGGUGAAAAUGAGUCCUUGUUGGUAUCAGCGAGCUGGUCCAAAAAAAUGGUAUUGUGGGAUAUCCGAUCAGCCUCAUCUGUGUUCGAAACUGACCUUCCGGGAAAAGCAUUUGCGAUGGACGUAGACCAAUCUCAUCAACGAGUUGUUGUGGCAACAUCUGGUCGGAGGAACUGUUUUUUCGACAUUCGAGGUGGAAAAAGUGACUUGGUACUAGAUCGGGAGUCCUCAUUGAAGUUUCAAACGCGGUGCGUCAAAUUUUUUCCUGAAGGCAUCGGGAUAGCCCUCGGCAGCGUCGAGGGGCGUGUUGGGAUUGAGUUUCUGGAUGAAUUCGGAAUAGCUGCACCUAUGAAGCGAUAUGCCUUCAAAUGCCAUCGCGUGAAUGAUACUGUGUAUCCAGUGAAUUGCAUUACGUUUCAUCCACGUUUCAGGUCGUCUUUUGUCACGGGUGGUUGUGAUGGGGCCUUGUUCAUAUGGGAUGGAAUGAACAAAAAGAAACUGACGACAAUAUCUUCCUUUCCAACCUCCAUUUCUUCCGUAGCCUUCAAUUGGGAUGGUACAGAAUUGGCAGUUGCAUCGAGCUAUACAUUCGAGGAGGGCGACCGCGAUCAUCCUCAGGACGAAAUUCUUGUGCGCAAAGUUCUAGAUUCCGAGUGUCAACCCAAAAGAAAGUAG